GCAUGGCACUAGAAAAAGUCUGAAAAAAAAAGCCAACUUCUUUCUUUCUCCUUUGUUUUCUCUUUCUCCAAACGCACCUUACAAGCGUGCGUUUUAUCACAUGCUAUAUCAUGUCAACUACCAGGCCAAGUACCUCCACUGAACCCGCUGCCCAAGAGCAAGAGCCGUACAGGUGCUGCGGCGUAGCCUUUUCUCGUAGAAGGGAUCUGGAUAGACAUAGACGAAGUGUUGAGCCACACGUCUCGAACAGUUUCGGUUUAAAGUGUGAAGCCUGCGGUACAACAUGCGCGAGACUGGACUCUUUGAGGAGACACCAAAGAAAUCCUCGCUGCUCGAUACUGUUGCGUCAACAGAAUUGCGUAUAUGAUUGCUCUCGAUGUUCUACCAGUUUUGCUGAACGAGAGCUAUUCGAGGAUCACGUCCUGGAGUGUGAACAGAGGUAUGCAGGAAGAGCGUCAUCGUCGUCCUCGUCUUCCUUGUCGUCCUCAUCGUCCUCAUCGUCUCCGGCCGCUUUUGAGGAGCAACCAGACGACCGUGGUUAUGUAGCCACUGUAUCUUACGGGAGCCACCCGAUCGAGUCCGAUCCGGCCUGGCUUUGGGACUUGGCAAAAGGAAAUCAUUAGCAGCAAAUCCCUGAUUUUGUUUUGCUGUAGGCAGGAAAAUUAAGUCAUGACAAUAAAUAUCAGUACAAUAUAUGUAGUCAUACUUUUCUUCUUUUUAUGCAUUUUUUCAAACUGUACUUCAGCUAUGCAUCAUACAUCGAUGGCUUACAAGUCAGCCGAUUUCUCCUGUCGGUAAGCUCAUCGCAUAUCUACCUUAUUAUCAAAUAAAAAAAACAAAUCAUCAUAAGUUCAAAU